ACUGAGCAGAUCCAGAAGGUAUAUUUUUGUAGUAUGGUGUUCAUUUAUGUGCUCUGUUCUUGGGUGUAGUUGCGAUUGAGUUAUCUUUUUUCAGCUGAAAGUUUAGAGCUUUACGGUUUUCGUUUGAGAAGAAAUGAUUGGGUCUAAGUAUUGGAUGUCUGGCUUGUAGAUGCUAGUAGUAGUAGUAGUAAUCAUUAGCUCGUAAUCAGGAAGCAACGGGCUUGUUCCUUGAAAAGUUGGUGUUUUCUGCUCUUAGUUCUGUGCCCAUUUCAGAUUAUCGACUUUUAUCUACUUGAUUGCUCAAUGAUGUCUGAGGGUAUGGGAUUGCACUGCCAAGGCACUUACCAAUGUCAAGUGUUGCUAGUGGAAUUAUCUGAGAUGGUGAUGUAGCUCACUUCAUGAUGCGUAUGUAGGAAAUUUCUGAGGAUUAAGAGUGCCAUUUUUCUUGAUGAGAACAAAAAGUUGAUCUUAGCAAUAUUGGACAAUCAAAACCUCGGCAAGCUGACUGAAUGUGCCCAGUAAGAAGUCAUUUGCUAAUGCAUCUGACAUAUGUGUGCUUGACUUUUUUACUCUUCUUGUAUACCGUCUGUAACUGAAGAUAACCACUAAUAUUGUAAUUGAACUCCAAGAAACCUGGAACCUAGAAAUGUCUUUGAGUUCCAUCUCAAACUCCAGAAUAGAGCAAUUGACUCAUAAUCUGCAGUGGCAUACAUCUUCAUAAUUGUUCUGACCACAACUGCUUCCUGCCACCAUGACAUUCCUGCCAUCUCCUCGUCCAAUGUGAUUGCCCUGUUCAUUCUUGAUUGUUUGUUGGUGUGUCACUGUUUUAAGCAAGCAUAUUCUUAGGGUGGGAUAAGAUUUCAGAAGUAUUAGUCUGUCUUUGAGUCAUGCAGCCUUGUUUGUUGUUUCUUUGUUUCUUUUUACUUUUUAGUAAGGAUACUUUUACUUACAUGUCCGAUGCUAGUACUUUACUGUUGCUGUUUGUUUUGACAACUUACAGGAUACGUCACUGUUUUGUGCAUCAUAUGAUAGGGUGAUUGGCCAUUAGAACUCUGGAUUUUCAUGAAUCCAAAGUUUCAUUUAUUGUUAAGAUAUUGGUUUUGUAUGUUCAAUUGGCAUUGGGUGCUCCCUAUUUACUGUGAUUUCUUACUUGUCUUGAUUUGAACUAUGUAGAUACCAAGCACAACUGCAGAAGAAUCUAAUGUAUCUAGCGGCUAUUGCUGAUGCCCAGCCACAGGGACCUGCCAUGCCGCCUCAGAUGUCUCCACAUCCAGCAAUGCAACAAGGAGGCUUUUACAUGCAGCAGCAUCCUCAAGCUCAAGCACAAGCACAAGCACAAGCACAAGCACAAGCACAAGCACAAGCACAAGCACAAGCUCAAGCUCAAGCGCAAGCUCAAGCAGCAAUGGCUCAGCAGUCGGCAGGGGGUUUUCCCCCAAGGAAUAUGCCAUUACAAUAUAACAACCCCCCACAUCAAAUGCAGGAUCAUCCACAACAAUUACACCACCAACAAGCGAUUCAUGCACAACAGAUGGGAAUAAGGCCGCCCUUGGGAGUCAACAAUGGCAUGCAUCAUACCAUGCAAGCUGGCGAUGCAAAUCUGGGAAGCAGUGGUCCCUUAGCACCCUCAGCAGCAGGAUCAAAUAAACAAGAUGCACCACCUGAAGCUGGAACAUCCGGUGGUGAUCGCCAGGGUAGCCCGGCUGCUGGUGAAGGUGGCGAGCAGGCGAAAUGACCAAACUGGGUUUUGAAUAAAACAUGAAUGUGCCCUCUGUUGUUUGAUUAGUUGGCAUAUUCAUACAGUGAGCAGGAUCUGUUUCUUGUGGUUCUCUUUUUGAUGUUGUGAACCCAGAACUGAAGUCCUCUUGGUUUUCUUGUUAGUGUUUGACAGAGUAGUUCUCUAGCGUAAGUUGUUUGGUGUCUGGUAUGGGUUUGAAGUAAUCUAAACCAGAGCUGUAGUUUCCUUUUCUCUCUGUUCCUUAUCUGUAGGGUUAGUUUCAGACGAGUCGUUUCGUGUUGUAAUCUGUGUGGUAUGUGUUGUACUGACUGAUGAAACUACUCGUACCAGAAAAUCUCGAUUUCCUCGGUAAGUUUUCCAUUUCUUGAGUUGGUAGUGGAAAUCAUGUUAGAUCGGGUCGAGAAAAGUAACCAUAACGAAGAAAUUUCUUCUAUAAAGGAUA